CAUAACAUAGAGAAAUGUCUUCCUUGCUCUUUGCAUGGACAGUGCUUCGUAUAACUGUUGUUUCCUUUUUGGAUAACCAGAAGAGAAUUUCAGCAUUAGCACAAUGAAGCCUGUCCCUGGUCGAGCUAAUGAACGACCGCAUCGUAACGGUCAAGAUGAAGGUGAACGUGCGGAUCUUCCUGAUUCGUCUGAAGACGGAAGACAGGUGUUGCCCUUUUACAGACAACCGCAGACUUAUAACAACCGGGAUUACAUUUCUGAGCAAAACCAGAGCAACCCAAACGAGAUGCCCCGUCGUAAUUUCAUUGAAAGGCAGAGUGCACCCUAUGUUUCCGGAGAAGAACGUAUAGAGAAGUCGCUUAGUGGUUUCUACCACUCCACUAAAGACCUCCAGGAUAAAGACCGUCUUGGCAAGUCAAAGCAUUUGCCGAAUUUCGCUGCCGAAUGGUUCGACUCCGGCGGUGGAUUUCUGGACAUUCCCAAGUAUGACGUAACCCUGAUGGUACCAAAUGGCGCGAUCGAACCGGGAAUGGUGCAGGAAGUUUACUUACACGUUGACGCGAAAACAACGGAAUAUCUGAUACACGAAGCACGUGGACCUUUGUUGGGUCACGUUGUUACGUUUGGUCCACCGGGGUUGAAUUUCAAGCGUCACGUGAUUCUUCAUAUUCCAUUAAUCUGCGAAGACGACGACCAGGGAGGUGAUGAUGACAACAAGCGCCCUCCGAUGAAAACGACCGACUGGAGUAACAUUGCAGCAGACACGGACAAUGACGUCAUCGUAAAAGACAGACAAAUCAUUAUGGUGCUGUCUUCAUUCGCAAGACAGUGUUCGGAGUUGAAGAAGUUUAAGGUGUGUGUCACAACUCCUGUGUUCAACCACAGCGAGGAGGUCAUACACUUCUAUGUCAAGCUGUGGGAAGACGAGUCGACUGAUUGUCAUCAAAAGGGUUCGAACGAAGAAGCGGGAAACAUUGACGUAAACUUGGAGUCUGGUGAACUGUACUUGAAACUGAGCAAUCUGCAUCAUCGUAUGAAAUCAAAAUCCGGAGCCGGAGGGUAUAUCAGCACAGAUAUGCUCAAGGAAAACAGCACGAAUGAAGUGUUAUUUCAACUCCACCAUACCGAUGGCAGUUAUGAACGUCAGGGUUCGAGGCGAGACGCAGAACGCCUGUGUGAUAUUCAGAUUCGCCAAAGAAGUGAUCAUGAAGCUUCACCCGGCGUGUUGCUCCAUGAGAUCCAUGUCUAUAUUCCAAAAAAGUCGACUGGACAAGACGAACCUUCAGACGACUCACCAAGUUCUGGUUCUGGUUCUGGUUCUGGUUCUGGUGAAUUACUGCACAAUCUCGACAUAUCGGGAUGUACACGUGCAAGUGACGCUGAACACCAGGAGAGGGGGUACCAGCCACAUCAACCCAAAUUGAGUUCAGAUCAAGAUCAGCCGGAUCUCCCGCCAGAUAUGAGGAAGUGGACGACCGACGAAGUCAGACGAUGGCUGCUCUACAUUGGCAUCCCGGGAGUAAGUGUGAGCCACUUUGUCUCGGAGGAGACAGAUGGAGACGACCUGGCGAAAUAUUCAGACAGUGACUUGGGGGAAAAGUUUAUGUUGAGCAAAAAUCUGCGCGAGUUAAUUUUAACCUCACGGAAUUCUUUGCUAGAGAAGGUACGUGCACAAAGCCAGCAAUGCGGCAGUCAACGAGCAGGGUUUGUGUCGACGACGGUUUCUUCGUACAUGGCCGACACUGACCUCAUUUGCAACGACUAUCUGAUCGAACCAGAAUCAAGUACAAUCCACCUCACUGGUAAAACAGACAGACAGUCAACUUCUAUCGAUCUGUCUGUCAGCGUUGACGUCAUAAAAAUCCCUGGUGGCAAUUCUGAGCAGGAAGCAGUGAAACGCAUCGUAAAUGAAUUAAAAAGGGCUGUCCAGGUAGACUCCUUUAGCGAGCUGGUCACAGACAUCGGGAACGUCUUCAAUGAAAACUACGCGGAGCUGGUAUCACUGGAUGGGUUAAUCUGCGUGGUGCGGUUCCGCACCAGGGAGGGUUUGUACAAGUUUGGGGAGAGGUGCAACUCCGGGGAGCUCGCAGCCAAACUAGCCAAGAUUCUCAUCACAGAGAAGAUAAGGGAAGGUAUUAAAUCCGAAUUGGACAUUCGUCUGACCCUGAUUGAAAGCGACUACGUUAGGGGAAUGAGGCACUUUGACGACGAGAGUGUUUAAAUACUGGUGAUUUUGGUUUUGAAGAAGGAUAGAUAUAUAUCCAGUCGAUUAAUGGCACUGUGUAUAUACCUAUACGUUUGGUUUUAACGCAUACAUCUGUUUUAAAACAGAUUGACUUUUAAUGCACUUGACACUAUUGGUAAUUACUGGAGAGCUGUUGAUAGUUUAAAUCAUUGCGAGAAACGGCUCCCUCUGA